AUGACCUCCACCCAUGUGCCGCCUCCCUCCCAGCAGCAGACGCCUCACCCUCACACACAACUCAUGUUGGCAGGGAGUCAGCUGGCAGGGGUAAGCACUGGCACAGAUGUAGUGUGUUGGCGGUUAGGGUGAUAGACAGUAAGCAUCAUCUGCUUCGCUCUUGCUCUUGCUUGCGUCUUUCCAAGGUUGGAGUGAAUUCCAUUUCACUUCAAUUCUGUCAAUUCAGGAAGUAAACGGAAAUUCAAAUUCAAAUCUUCCUCAUUCCUGAAUUGACUUAAUUAAAAUGGAAUUGAUCCCAUCUCUGCCUCUUACUGCCUGCUCAAAUGCUGGGUGACACUAUUAUUUUUCUCUACCUCUACUGCUUUUCCCCCUCCUCUCUUUGGGCAAACCCUACCUUCUCCUCCACCUCCUCCUCCUCUUCCUCAGCUGGCUGCCCUCUUGCCUGCGCAGCAGCAGCUGUUGCUUCAGCAGGCCCAGGCUCAGCUCCUGGCCGCCGCCGUGCAGCAGUCCAACGCGGCUCACGCUGCUCAUGCCGCCCACGCAGCCGCCCAAGCCAAUCAGCAGCAGCAGCAACAACAGCUGACCAAACAGGAGCAAGCCCCGCCCCAGCUCACCCUCUCUCAGCCUAUCCAGCUCACCGCCCAGGUAGGAGCAGCCAGUCACGGAUCAGAUAUGACCAGCUUUAAGUCAAUCUAACGCACUAACCAACAUUCAUCUAUGUCAGAAGUGUUUCUCUAUAUACUCUUGGGUGAUGUUAGUUUAAAGGCUGGGGCUGUGCACAUUUUGGUUCUUUGCUCAUUUCUUUGCAUUAUAUUUCCUCCAAGGGUGUGUGUGUAUGUUGCAAAUCAAACAUGACUUGUUGACCUCUUUCUCUUUCUCUCUCGCUCCUGCUCCCCCUCUCUCUUCCUCCUGUAGGAUAUCCAGCAGCUGUUGCAGCUGCAGCAGUUAGUCCUGAUGCCCGGCCACCACCUGCAUUCUCCUCAGUUCCUCCUGCCUCAGGCCCAGGGACAACAGGGGCAGCAGGGUAAGUGGGACCUACUAAGUAAGUGGGAACCACCAUCAUCAACACUGUGACUUACUCUUCGCACAAAACAUAAUGUAGAGCUUGGCAUUAUGAUCUAACUGCUUAGUUCUAAAACAAGUUGUAAUAAUACAGUUAAAAUACAAUAAAGUAGUGUUCAUGUAAUUACAAUACUUUAAUAGUGUUAAUAGUGUUAAUUGCUUCUCCGUUGUGUUCCUCAGGUUUGCUCUCGACACCUAAUUUAAUUCCCCUACCUCAGCAUCAGCAAAGCCAGGGGAGUCUUCUAACUACUCCACCCAGGAUGGGACUGCAAGCACAGGUAUAGUAUUAUUGAAAACCACCUAAAAUGUGUGUGUGUGUGUCCGUGUGUUUCUCCCCGUGUGUGUGUGUGUGUUGAGACUACACUUUAAAACAUCCUGUACUACAUACUUGUAAGUACAGUAGGGAUCUGCCUCUACAAGCAGAAAUCAAAGAGCUCUGUUGAGUCAGUGCUGGUGCAUUGAUCCAAACACUGAUCUAAUCAAAACAAAACCAGUAACCCAGAGUGUGUUUGAAUUGAUAUACAGUUUAAACAUUGCUAAUGUCAGUGUGCCAGCCACCCCUCGCAAUUCCACAGGAAUGAUAUGGGUUUAUGUCUCAUGUACUGUAGCGUCGCCAUGGUGAUGGCCUCUCAUCAUUACAGAGGGACAAGAGCGGGGACGGCGGCGUGACCACCGGGGCCUCAGCAGCCCCCAUGACCUCGGUGACCUCUGGCCCGCACGGCGAGGAGCCCAGUGACCUGGAGGAGCUGGAGCAGUUCGCCCGCACCUUCAAACAGAGACGCAUCAAACUAGGCUUCACACAGGUACGCUUGUAUGCAUAUAUGUGUGUGUGUGUGUGUGUGUGCAUGUGUGUGCGUGUGUGUGUAUGUGUUGUGAUAAAGGUCAAGAGAACCAGGAGCAAUUUGAUCAAGCUAGACUUCACAUGGGUCAGAGUGUAUAUGUGUGUUUGCAGUGAGGGGGGGUCAGGAGGAGCUAGAGGCCAGAAUGAAGAUGACUGUUUAACACAAAUUCUCUCUUCCCUCAGGGUGACGUAGGCAUGGCGAUGGGGAAACUGUAUGGGAAUGAUUUCAGCCAGACCACCAUCUCUCGCUUCGAGGCCCUCAACCUGAGCUUUAAGAAUAUGUGCAAGCUCAAGCCUCUGCUUGAGAAGUGGCUAAACGAUGCAGAGACCAUGGCGAUAGACAGCAUGCUUCCCAGCCCGAACUCUCUCUCCUCCCCCAUGAUGGGGUUUGAGGGCAUGCCGGGGCGCCGCAGGAAGAAACGCACCAGCAUUGAGACCAACGUUCGGGUGGCUUUAGAGCACAACUUCAUCUUGGUGAGAAAGAGAUAGGUCCCACAACAGACCCCUGGGGAACCCACUCAAAUUACAUUCUACAUAAACCAAUGACUCUGUCCCCAACAGUUUAUUGAAGUUUAUUUCACUUUUUUCACUUUUUUUUCAUUUAAAAAUAUUUAUCCUUGCUUGGUAUUUUCUAAAUACCGCUGAAACUGUUGAACGGAACAUUGACAGCUUUGUGCGAUAUAAAAUGUUUGUGGCCGGUGACAAAAUGCUUGACCAUGAUUUCUGACCGCGUUCCCUCCAGAACCAGAAGCCUAACUCAGAGGAGAUCCUCCUGAUGGGCCAGCAGCUCAACAUGGAGAAGGAGGUGAUCCGGGUCUGGUUCUGCAACCGACGCCAGAAAGAGAAGCGCAUCAACCCUUGCAGUGCCACCCCACCCCUGCCCAGCCAGCCCCCCUCUGUGAUGCACAAACCCCCCUGCUACAGCCCACACAUGGUAUGACCCUGCACUCACCCAUCCACACCCUCCCCACCAUGCCUCUCAUUGGCAGGCCUUUCUAUAUCUAUGGACAUGCCCCCUCCCUCUGUGACCCUGUGGCCCAACCCAUCCUGCACUGCUCCACUCUCAGCACCAUGCAAAUGGCUACACUGUUGUAUGAGGUGUGAUAUGUUACACACCAACCCACACGUCAUCACAGUUACACCAUGAGAGCACGUUUCUUCUGUCUCUCUCCUGCUCACAACCUAUCCACCUCUCUCUUUCUUUCUUUCUUUCUUUCUUUCUUUCUUUCUUUCUUUCUUUCUUUCUUUCUUUCUUUCUUUCUUUCUUUCUUUCUUUCUUUCUUUCUUUCUUUCUUUCUUUCUCUCCCUCCAGAUGUCCAGUCAGGGGCUGCACCAGGCUGCCACCAGCCUCAGCACAACAGGUGAGGAAAUAGAUUUUUUGAUACAUUUGUGUUUUUGUGAAGCUAGGCCACAAGUGCCAGAGGUCUAAAUUCCCUUUAGUGGAAGUGCAGAUGCUCAGUACCAUGGCCAUUGGGGCAACCUAUCAAUGUAACCAAAUGUACUGUAUAGCAUUCAUAUUACUACUGAUGGUUCUCUCUCUCUUUCUCAGUGACCAGUCCAUCGCCCUCGGCGACCUGCCCUCUGACCCCCAGUGGCUCUGCAGCCACCAGCUCCGCCUCCUCCUCUAUGACUCCGCCUCCACACAGCACAGCCAGCCCCGCCCCUCCCACCCUCAGUACCCACAGCCUGAACGCUGGGUGAGUGUCCUUGCUCUCUCUCUCUCUCUCUCUCUCUCUCUCUCUCUCUCUCUCUCUCUCUCUCUCUCUCAACUACUGUUCUACACUUACUCAAUCUAACACUGAACAAUCCCUCAUACUCAACAAACAUAAACACACUUUGAUAGUAGACGCUGGGUUAGUGUCCCCUAAUUAUAUCAUUCUAAUUCGGUGGUCUACUCUAUCCGCUCUCUGUCCCUUGCACACUCAACGACUACUGCACAUGUGCUCAAUUGAACACUGACUCCUAACACUGUAUCCUCAACACACCUUUCUGUGUUUCAUCACUUUGCCAGGUUGUCAAAUAAACACCAACAUGCACGCUAAUCAAUCAGCAAGAGUACAUAGCGUAACUGACAUUCUGAGAUUUACAGACAAGUAUUUCGCUGCACACACUGUAACAUCAUACGCAGCCAAUAAAGCAAACUUUGAGACUGGAUGAGGUGAUAUUUACUGACUUGCUGGGAAUUUAUGGUAUUGGACUACAUGUGGAAUGUCAUGUCACCCCACCUGUUUUGCAGCAAAUCUGAAAGUUCUCACACAUAUGAAAGAAUAUUUGUCUGCAGGCACGAACGUGUUAGUCAACCCAGAGUCAGACCCAAUGCAUAAAUUCAAAACAUGUUGUGUAUCCAUAACAGACAUAAAUGUGGGUGUUUGAUUAAUGAGCUUUCACUUAACCCUCUUGGUCCUUUCUCUAACUCUGCAUGUGUGAAUGUGUGCGUGUUUGAAUGUGUGUGUAUGUGCACAUGGGUGAAUAUGGACCCAUACAUAUUCCAGGAACACAAUGAUGGGAGUAAGCACAGGGAUGAACCAGGCUCUCGUCAGCAGCAAUCCCCUGGCCACAAUGCAAGGUGUGUUAGUCUGACAAAAUCUGACAAAAGUGUGUAUCCAGAUUAUGGACGGUAUUCUGACUUCUGAUAAGUGCACGCAACGCUGCCUCGUGUAAAUCAUGAAUUGAUGUCAAUAGGAUACAAUUCUGAAAAGAAGAUGUCCCUCAAUUUGCCAUCAUUUCAACAUGCGAUUUCAGAUCAAUUGAAAUUGCAUGUCUUCACACCAUCCCAUUCCAUCCAUAUCACCACCAAGUAGAUAAUGGGAGUGUCGUGUGUGUCUGUGUGUAUGUGCCAAGCGUGAGUUUUUCUGCAAGCUCUGACUAACUAAGCUCUCCUUGCUCUACCCACACUACUUUCUCUCAUCUGUUGCAAUGUCUCUCCUUCAUCAUCACCAUCCUUCAUCUCACCAUGUCAUCAGUUACAGUGUCACCCAAAUCGAUGCCCAUGUAUCUCUGGUAGGUGUAUUCACUUUUAUUAUUUCUCCUCUACCUUUCUCUUCCCACAUCAAUUCUUCCACCUGCCUCUCUCACCGCGUCCCCUGAAACUCGAUCAUGGCUCAGCUCUGGCUGCCAGUGGUGGGCAGCUGCCCAUUUCCAGUCUUGAGGCCGGAGGUCAGAUGAUCCUGGGCGGGGCUGGGGUUCGCCCCUCCCUAUUCUUCAACCGUCACACCCUUCUGCCUAUGGCGUCCCCCCAAGCCGGCGUGGGAUUGGUCGGCAGUCCCAGGGGCGCCUCUCCACCCCCCGGCGCCAGCGGCAUGGACGUCGACUCCUGCUCCGCCUCUCCCUGCUCCAGCCCUGCCUCCUUCUGCUCGUUCAGCGAAGCCUCACCGCCGCCGCUUGGCGGGGCCAUGGCCGAGUGA